UUGAAAACCAUCUCUUUUACGUUGUCAUGUUCUUGAAAUGCUUGCAUUUUUGACUGUUGACUUCUGAAGCAGCCCGUCCUGAUCGGGAAGUGGUCGCGAAAGCUUCCCUCUUUCAGGCAGCUGUGUCUGUGUGUGCAUCUUGGACAAGCAGGGCCCGUUGGGAACGAUGCCACCGCCAUCAGAUAUUGUCAAAGUGGCCAUUGAGUGGCCAGGUGCUAACGCUCAGCUCCUUGAAAUCGACCAGAAACGGCCCCUGGCGUCCAUCAUCAGGGAAGUUUGCGACGGGUGGUCGCUGCCAAACCCAGAGUAUUACACCCUUCGGUACGCGGAUGGGCCUCAGCUCUACAUCACCGAGCAGACUCGCAGUGACAUUAAGAAUGGGACAAUCUUACAGCUGGCUGUCUCCCCGUCCCGGGCUGCGCGGCAGCUGAUGGAGCGGACCCAGUCGUCCAGCAUGGAGACCCGGCUGGACGCCAUGAAGGAGCUGGCUAAGCUGUCUGCCGAUGUGACCUUCGCCACUGAGUUCAUCAACAUGGAUGGCAUCGUGGUGCUCACGCGGCUUGUGGAAAGUGGAACCAAGCUCUUGUCCCACUACAGUGAGAUGCUGGCAUUCACCCUGACUGCCUUCUUAGAGCUCAUGGACCACGGCAUUGUCUCCUGGGACAUGGUUUCCAUCACCUUCAUUAAGCAGAUUGCAGGGUACGUGAGCCAGCCCAUGGUGGACGUGUCCAUCCUGCAGAGGUCCCUGGCCAUCCUGGAGAGCAUGGUCCUGAACAGCCAGAGCCUGUACCAGAAGAUAGCGGAGGAAAUCACCGUGGGGCAGCUCAUCGGUCACCUGCAGGUCUCCAACCAGGAAAUUCAGACCUACGCCAUUGCUUUGAUCAACGCACUUUUUCUGAAGGCUCCUGAGGACAAGAGACAGGACAAGCACCUUAAUCCUCUAGACCUGCCUGUCACUGAUAUGGCCAAUGCAUUUGCACAGAAGCACCUUCGAUCCAUAAUCCUAAAUCACGUGAUCCGAGGGAACCGCCCAAUCAAAACCGAGAUGGCCCAUCAGCUGUAUGUCUUGCAAGUCCUGACCUUUAACCUUCUGGAAGAAAGGAUGAUGACCAAGAUGGACCCCAAUGACCAGGCCCAGAGAGACAUAAUAUUCGAACUGAGGAGGAUUGCAUUUGACGCAGAAUCUGACCCCAGCAAUGUCCCUGGGAGUGGGACUGAGAAGCGCAAAGCCAUGUAUACCAAGGACUAUAAAAUGCUGGGAUUUACUAACCACAUCAACCCAGCGAUGGACUUUACGCAGACUCCUCCGGGAAUGCUGGCCUUGGACAACAUGCUGUACUUGGCCAAGGUCCACCAGGACACCUACAUCCGGAUUGUCCUGGAGAACAGCAGUCGCGAAGACAAACACGAAUGCCCCUUUGGCCGCAGUGCCAUCGAGCUUACCAAAAUGCUCUGUGAGAUCCUCCAGGUUGGGGAGCUACCAAACGAAGGACGCAACGACUACCACCCGAUGUUCUUUACCCACGACCGAGCUUUUGAAGAGCUCUUUGGAAUCUGCAUCCAGCUAUUGAACAAGACCUGGAAGGAGAUGAGGGCAACAGCUGAGGACUUCAACAAGGUCAUGCAGGUUGUCCGAGAGCAGAUCACUCGUGCUCUGCCCUCCAAACCCAACUCCCUGGAUCAGUUCAAGAGCAAACUGCGCAGCCUGAGCUACUCGGAGAUUCUGCGACUGCGCCAGUCAGAGAGGAUGAGUCAGGACGACUUCCAGUCCCCGCCCAUUGUGGAGCUGAGGGAGAAGAUCCAGCCCGAGAUCCUGGAGCUGAUCAAGCAGCAGCGCCUGAACCGGCUCUGUGAGGGCAGCAGCUUCCGGAAGAUUGGGAACCGCCGGAGGCAAGAACGUUUCUGGUACUGCCGCUUGGCACUGAACCACAAGGUCCUGCACUAUGGCGAUCUGGAUGACAACCCUCAAGGGGAGGUGACAUUUGAAUCCCUGCAGGAGAAAAUUCCUGUUGCAGACAUUAAGGCCAUUGUCACUGGGAAAGAUUGUCCCCACAUGAAGGAGAAAAGUGCUCUGAAACAGAACAAGGAGGUGCUGGAGUUGGCUUUCUCCAUCCUGUAUGACCCCGACGAGACCUUAAACUUCAUCGCGCCCAAUAAGUACGAGUACUGCAUCUGGAUCGACGGCCUCAGUGCCCUUCUGGGGAAGGACAUGUCCAGCGAGCUGACUAAGAGUGACCUGGACACCCUGCUGAGCAUGGAGAUGAAGCUGCGGCUCCUGGACCUGGAGAACAUCCAGAUCCCUGAAGCUCCCCCGCCGGUGCCCAAGGAGCCCAGCAGCUACGACUUCGUCUAUCACUACAGCUGAGCCUGACGCCGCAGGUGACGGCACCCAGGAAGGGAUUGGGGCCCAGAGGAAACACUCACAGUCUGGUGCCUUGUCUUUUGCUUGUACAGAAUCUGUAGUGACCAUGGUGGCCAGGAAAUGCCAACCAUUGCUCCAACCCACCUCAGACCACCCAGAGCUUCCUCUUGGUCCCCAUCUCCUGUGAGUCAUAAGGGCAGGUGCUCUGGCCUCCCCGUCACUGUGGAGCCUGGGUUCAGGCCACGAGGAGCGAGCAGCAGAUGCCCUUGCCUUCCGGGCCGAGAAACUGCUCCUUGAGCUGGAUUUAACAAAAGCCACUUACCUUUUCUUCCGGAGCCUGCUCCCUGGCGGUCAGCCGGCUCCCCGUGUGGGCAGGGGCUGGCCCAGGAAGGCUGCUGCAGAGGACCGACGAGCUGGGCGUGCUGAGAGCCUUGGAGAGACUGCCUUUGGCCGACCCGUGCCUGUGUCUUAGAUCUGAGCCGAGGCCUUGCCCUUGCCUGUGUCGUCUUUGUGAGGGCUUACUCCGGCCUCACACAGGGCCCACCUGCCGCUGCCGCCGCCGCCGCCGCCGCCUAGGUCGGCUCUGAGGCUCUGGUCUCCGGAGCCACCAGAUCUCUCGCCCACGCAGUUGUCUGAGCAGAUGGAAAUUUCUACCUACAAGCCCUCAGUCUCUCAUCCUGGCAAGCCAGAGUCAGGGAGGCUGAGUCCCUCCCUCUUGGCCUCAAGGAACUCUGCCCAGAGAGCCUGGGUGAGGCUGGGCCUAGACUGGCGAGGUCGCUAGAUCCCACUGUCCUGCCCCCACACUUACACCUUUCCCUUCCUCUGGGAGAGAUCACCCACUGAACCGGAAGAGCAUCCCCCUCCAGUUGGCUUUCCUUUGGCCUUCCAGACCUCAGGAAACUUGCCUUCCCUUCCUCCCCACCCAGCGCUGUGGUUCCUCCCUCGGGCCGUGAUUUCAGGGCGCUGGCUGAGGCCACAGCUGUGCCAACGGGGCAUCCUUGGUGCUGCUGCACUCGUAAACCACACGCACAGCCUCUGCUUGGACAUAUGUGAACAUGGCAUUCAGUAGUGGUAGCCUGGCAUGGUAGGUACUACCCAAUGAAGAGUGUACUAUAUAUUUUCUUUACUAUAGGCCAUACUUAUACAGACAUGUAUAUAUAUUUAUAUAUAAGCUCUACCUAUCCUAGGAUGGACUGUGUGAGGGGAAAUAAAAUUGGAGGCAAAAACAAAAACAAAACAAAACAAAAAGUAACACUUCCAGUUGUGAGCCAAGACUGUAACCUGAGAGCAGCCAGGAGCUUCCUGUUAGUAACCGUGUUUUCAAUAA